CCGACGGCCCAUGCUCUCCUGCAAGCUCGUCCUCUUGCUGGCCGUCUGCGGCGCGCGCGGCUUCCUGCUGCCCGUGGCGCAUCGCGCCGCCGUCAGCACGACGGCGUCCCAAUAUGCCGUUGCUGCUCGCUUGCCGGCCGUGCAGAUGGGCCGCGGCGACAAGCGCACAAAAAAAGGGAAGCGAACGGCGCAGACCUUUGGCAAUGCCCGGCCCAAGAACGGCAAACUUCGCCGGGAGCGCGACGGCCCGAUGGAAAAUGUGGCCGCGGUGAAGGCGGCGGCCGCCGCCGCUGCCAAGGCGGAGGAGGAGGCGGCUGCUGCGGCCGCUGCGGUGAAGGCGGAGGCGGAGGCCGCUGCGGCUGCGGCUGCGGAAAAGGCUGAGGAGGAGGCCGCGGCCGCGGCGGCAAAGGCGGAGGAAGAGGCAGCUGCCGCAGCUGCCGCUGCCAAGGCGGAGGAGGCGGCGGCGGCGGCGGCGGCGGCGAAGGCAGAGGAGGAGGCGGCGGCGGCGGCGAAGGCAGAGGAGGCGGCGGCGGCGGCGGCGAAGGCAGAGGAGGAGGCGGCGGCAGCCGAGGCAGAGGAGGCGGCGGCGCCGGCGCUGUCGGCGAGCGACCUCAUGGCGCUGAUGAAGCAGCUGCGCGCUGAGCUGCCGCGCGCGGACCUGAAGGCGCCGCGAGCCAUGAGCCUCGCUGGGCCACUCCUCGGCCGCACCUCGGCCUCACCUCGGCCUCGCCUCGGCCGCACCCGCCUAGAAGGCGUGCAAGGCGGCGCUCGAGUCAACCGGCGGAGACCUGGCGGCGGCUUCGGCGGCGCUGACGGCAGAGAGAGAAGCAAGGCGAGCGGCGCCGCUGCUCGGAGCUCCCCGCGAACUUUCCGGGAAGUGUCCCGUAGGCGGAGCACGGCGAGGCGUGGGCGGCGGCGGAGGCGGCGGACGCGGCUGAGAUACAGGCGGGCACUGUCAAGGCGAUGGGCAUGCGGGACGCUAAGGCGCAGAAGAAGUUUGCGGCGGAGGAGGCUGCGUCGGUUGAGGCGGCGGCGGAGGCACCAGAGCCGGCGGUGGCGGAGGAGGUGGCGGUGCCGGUGGCGGAGGAGGAGGAGGCGGAGGAGGCGGUGGCACCGGCCGUCGCUUCUGCGGGGGAGGAGAUGGUUGGUGUGGUGGCCUCCACCACGGACUUCGUCUGGCCGGCGGCGACCGGAGGCGUGUGGGACAAGGCCAUCGUCUGAGCGGCGACACAGGGGGCCUCGGGUGGCGAGGCGGGAGAUGCAGAGCCCUCGGCGGUUGGGCAUAGACCCUCGAGAGCGGUGUCACAGCUCCUCCCCCGCCGUCAGCGCUUCUCCGCAUGGCACUCUGAUGCUGUCGCGAGGCGAGACGGCCGACGCGCUUUUAGAUAUAGUGUGACAAGGCCGCCCCCGAUAAAUAAAUAAAUAAAACGGACACCUC